AUGUUCCACACCCUGCCAUCCAGGUCGAUCAGCAGCUUCAAGGAGCUUGCUUAUGUCUUCACUAAAGAAUACACUUCUUAUCAGUCGAUCAAGAAGAACCUGACCAUCUAUUCAACCUGCACAAGAAGUCCAAUGAAUCCCUGCGAGACUACAUCAAGAGGUUCAAAGCGGAGAGGGCAAACAUUAGUAGGAUGUGAUGACCAAAUUGCGUUCUCUGCCUUCAAGAGGGGGUUGCCAACUGAAUGUGAGCUGUAUCGCGAGCUGACCAUCUAUCCUCGCCAAACACUAGUAGAAGUCUUCGCUAUAGCAGAGCGCUACGCAUUAUGGGACGACAACCGGAUCGCCACGAAGAAGGCUAAUCAAGUAGCUGAGCAGGCAAGCCAAGAGAACGGCAAGCGCAGAUCACAGCCUCAGGAAGGUGCUCCAGCAGCGGAGAGCUACACCAAGUUCACUAUCCCGAUACACCAGAUCCUGGCCCAAGGAAACCCAACCAAGAAGGAUACCAGUAGAUACUGCACAUUCCAUGAAGGGCACGGUCAUUACACAAAAGACUGCUUCGCCUGGAAAAGGCACCUUGAAGAUCUAGUCAGAGACGGCCAUUGCACGGAAUUCAUCGCAAGGAGGGCUAUCCAGCAAAUCAAGGAUUGUGACGCAGCUAACGAUGAACCUUCACGAAAAAGGUCAUAUGGAUCAACACGAUCCUAG